GGUAGCGCAACCGCCCGCCAAAUGAUGAAUAAGCCAUAGGCGGGCGUGCGAACUUGUGUAGAAUCAACUUGGCCAGCUCUAGGAGCAAGUGUCAACCAUCUUCAAGUGCUUUUGUCGACGAACCGCUCCGACUUCACAUCGCAUUGAAUAUUGAAGCCGGGGCCGGGAUCUACCUCUCACACUGCAGGAUUAACCACCUACGCCCGCUUUGCGGUUCAACCCCAGCCCUCGUGAACCCCCUGACUGUUCAAAGAAAUUACCCAAAGAUGGAGAGGGAUCUUGACAACGCCAACCCCACAAUUCUGAGUGUCUCUCAGCUCCCUAGCAGGAGCCGAAAGGGGACUGCCGCAAGGCACGGACCCGAUUCGAAAUGCGACAGCAUUGUCUAUCCCAAGCAUUCUUGGCCUUACGGUUCUAGUUCGUCAUCGGACGAAGAAGACGACGCUGGGGAAGAGCCCAUGGAUGAGCAGGAUAUCUAUGAUCUCAUCUCUACCAUAUCGGAUCCCGAGCAUCCCCAUACACUGGGCCAGUUGUCUGUCGUGAGACUCCCAGACAUUCACUUGAGUCCCUCGCCCGCCGAGGUCACGGGGCUGGAUUCCUUAGUGACGGUCCUUGUCGAGCUCACUCCGACCAUCAACCACUGCUCCCUCGCAACCGUCAUCGGCCUGGCCGUGCGGUGCAGGCUCGAGCAGACACUGCCGCCCAACUACCGUGUGGAUGUCAGGAUGAAGGUCGGAUCGCACGCUCAAGACGACCAAGUCAAUAAGCAGCUAGGCGACAAGGAGCGAGUCGCCGCCGCUCUGGAGAACGACACCCUCCAGCGCAUGGUGGACAAGAUGCUCGAGACCUGCGUCUGAGUAGUGGUGAAAGCACGUUGCUGCGUCAGCUCUCCGAAUCCAGGACUCCAGACACCGGACAGAUUGCUUGAUCACGCUAGCGAAGGAAUACUCAGAGCACACGGAUGACAAGCUGAACGCUCUGGGCCGGAGUACUCAACACUAUGUAUGCACCCCGAGUGUGGCCGUAGUUCAACUUAUUCAGGACUGUCGUUCGGACCCCAUCACCACGCGUCAAGCACAUGCA